AUGGCCAAGCAGGAAGCCAGGACGAUGGUCGUGUCGAGCAUCCCAGUAGCGCUCUCGUCGCUGUUGCAGUUCAGCAUUGGCUUCGCCAACAUCGUGUCGCUAGGCCACCUGGGCUCGAACGAACUGUCGGCUGCGUCGCUCGGAAACAUGACUGUGGUUAUGCUUAUCAACGGGCCGUCGGUUGGCUUGGCAGCGGCACUCGAUACGUUCUGCUCAACUGCGUUCACCGCAUCCAAGGACCGCACUUUGGUUGGAUUCCACCUGCAGCGCGGAAUCAUUGCAGUGCUGGCACACUACCUGAUGGUGCUGCCGCUGCUGUUCAACAUGGAGUGGCUACUGCUUGCCCUGAACCAGGAACCCGAGAUUGCGAGGCUGUGUGGGCAGUACGUGCGCAUCCAGAUGCUGGCAUCGCUGCCGUGGAUCGUGUUCGAGUGCAUCAAGCGGUUCCUGCAGGCCCAGCGGCACAUGCGGGCCAGCACCCUCAUUCUGAUGGUGGUGAUGCCGAUUCAUAUGGUUAACAACUACCUGUUUGUGUGGUCGCCGACGGUCGGCUUCGGAUUCCUGGGUGCGGCUGCCGCCAACGUCGUGACCUGCUGGCUCAUGUUCUUUGGUAUUCUCGCCUAUACUUACCUGUGCGAUGCCCGCCAGGCGUGGGGCGGUUGGUCGUGGAAGCCCUUCAUGGCUAUGCGCCAGUACUACCGUCUUGCCAUCCCGUCGGUGGUGAUGAUCUGCAGCGACUGGCUAUGCUGGGAGGGAAUGACCAUCGCUGCUAGCUACCUGGGCAGUGUGCCGCUGGCUGCGCAGUCGAUUGUGCUCAACACCUGCACCCUGUCAUACCAGAUUCCGGGUGGCCUGGGCACAGCGCUGAGCAACCAGGUCGGCAAUCUCUUGGGCCAGGCCCGUGCUCGCCGGUCGAUGGUCGCUUCGAACGUCGGCCUAUCGCUAGGUGCUUUUGCCGGCGCACUCAACUCGCUGCUUUUCCUUGUCACCGCGUCGUGGUGGGGCAAGAUCUACUCGACCGACCCCGAUGUCAUCGCGUGCGUGGCACUGAUCAUGCCAGUUAGCGCCCUCUUCCAGAUCUCCGACGCCGUGAACGCAGUCACCGGCGGCUCUCUGCGCAGCCUGGGCCGCCAGCGCCACGGUGCCUGGAUCAACUUCCCGUGCUUCUACCUGAUCGGAUUCCCACUCAGCAUCUACUUUGCCUACGGCCCCUGGAAGCUUGGCAUUAUUGGGCUGUGGGUCGGGUUGAGCAUCGGCGUCACUAUGGCAGCCAUCGGCCAGACGUAUAUUUGCGUCAGUGCUGAUUUCCAGCACGAGGUCGACCGCUGCAUGCGUCAGGUCUCCUCAUACAAGAAUGUGACAAAGGAUAGCAACACCAACGCUCAGGCUCUAAUUGGCGAGGACCGCAAUGCGUCCUCGGCUACCCUGGCCAGCGAGGUUUAA